AUGGAUGUCGAUCGAUUGAUGAAGGAUCUGACGGUGGAACAGUUGGAGAACAUCCAACAGAAUCUCGAGAAAGAGAUGGAAGGAAAACGUGAAAGUCUGCGUGAAAUGGUUGGAAGACGUUAUCGCGAUGUUCUCGAAGCCUCUUCUGAAGUUCGACACGUUUGCGCAUUGGCUGAAAAACUUGCUAAUUAUAUUGCGAACACGAGAAUAUCCUAUCAAACAUCCCAUAUUAGAACUGGUUCGCGUGAUGAACAACGAGCUGGUGAACACUUUUUCGCAGUAAAUUAUUUGCUUUCCAAUAUUGGAUCUGAUGAUGGUGAGCCUCUCGAUGAUGCCAUUGGAUUGUGUUUGGUAGAGCAUUUUCAGAAGCAGUUAAUUAGCAAUCAUUCAUCGCCAAUGAUUUCGAGAAUAGCGAAAGCUUUCACCCAACGCAUUGUGGCAACAAGAAGCGAACUCGAAUCGUACAAUAUUGACUCGUUAUGUGAUAUUUCGCGAUCGGAUUGGGCGACUAAUCAGCUGGCGGCGAUAGCGAUUCUACAAACGAAAGAUAUUAGCCAAUUGCUUGAUUUGUACUUGGAGAAGCGAUUUGCAUAUAUUGGACAAUUAAUCGACGAUUCGGCGACGAUUCUCACGAUAGUUGAUGAGAUGAAAAAGACGCUUUCUGUUGUUGAAGAACUUUUUGUGCACGGCGAACUGCAACAUGCUAUCCAAUCAGUGUGCAAUGGACAAUAUCGUUCUGAGCUCAUACGUGAUAUGUGUGCUGAUCAAGCUUUUUCUUUCGAAAAAACCAUAAACGAAGAAGUCGAGAAAUUCUGGAGACAAUUGAGAGAGAAAUGUUGUGGGCGGGGAUCGUCGAAUGCCAUCGGCUUGCAAGUGAUUGGAGAUAAAUGUGCAGAAUGGAUUGAAAAGACAUGCGCAAUGACUCAUCGCGUUGUCGCGGAAGUUUGUGAAUAUUUUGAUGAUUUAGAUGAAAUCGUUGAGCUUCUUCAAGCAAUCACAAACUCUCUGAAACAGGAUUGGCCUCGUAUCGGACCUGCUAAAAAUGUCUACGAUAAACUUCUACAAAACGUCGUUGUCGAAAAAUCAAAAGCUCUCAUGGUACAAAUGAUCGAGAACAUUGAAAAAUCAGCGAAACUGAAAAUCGAAUCAACGAAUGAUGGUCCGUCGUCGUCGCUUUUCGAUGAGCGGACAUAUCGGCCAGAAUCUCAAUCGCAUAUCGGAAUCUCAACGCAGUUGUUCAAAUGCGUAAAAGAAUUGUGGGCUUCAUUGGAAAUUAUCAACGAGAAAUGCCAGCAGUUUGAGAAUAUCUGUGUGCCAAUGGCAGAUAUAGCAACAGCGAAUUCACUGAAAGAGACGAUGGCAACAAAUGUCAAUCAAUUGCUUUUAAGACUAUGCGAGCCUCUCAGCGAGACCGGCGAUAGUGAGCUUUGUUCGUCGACACGGGCGUCACGAUGUCUGUCGCGCGCUCGUCUUGCCAUUACGAUCGUCCAUUCUGAGACAUCGCUUGUCUGUCUCCUUCUCGAUAAGGACUCGCAGCGAAUAUCGAAUCUCAAUCAUCGCCUUCAUGUCGUCAUCGAGCAGAAUUUGAGGUGUGUCUCAAUUUUUGAUUUAUUUCCAUGUUAUUAG